UAGAGGCGAUCGGCUCUACUCGGAUCAGCUGUGAGAGCGGCGUGGCGCCGUGUGCCGCGGCUCUGACCCGCUGUCAGUUGCCCGAGCCCUGUGCUACGGUUAGGACCGUGCAAUCGUCACCUUUUAACGACCACGAAACUUGCGCGAUCGUCCCCAAUAAACGACCGGGCUACCUUCAAUUGCCGCGUCGUUUACAAUCGUGCUCCUAUCGAUACGGAAAUUACCCGGUGCUCGGAAGAGGAAUCAAGCAUUUGUUCCAAGCUUCGAUACGAAUAUUCCUGGAUGACCGGGAUAGUUUCAUGAUCGAGGAGCUUGAAAUUACCCUUUGAUUCGACAUUUCGUUCAUAGUCGAUACGUGUCGGAAGAGAGGCCGGCUCGAAUAUCCUAGUGGUUUUGUGAUGGAAAAGUGAUUCGAGGUUAAUCGACGAGUUAGCUCGACGGAACGCAUGCUUCGCUGACGACGUCUCAGGAUGCUCUGGUAGAGGAGGUGCCUGGUGGUUUGAUCGCGAGAAAUGGCGUACGGAAUAUCUCUACAAACGACUGCCACGAGCACGGUACUUUUCCUUCUGGUACUGCUGCAGGCGGCACUGGUGUGGGACGAAGUACACAGCGCUCCAGCGAAAAGAAACGACAUCCUUGCGGGCACGGAAUUCCUGUCAGUCUUCAUAAACGGCGCCAUGGCGACACCACCCCAGCGACGUAGAGGUUUCCGACGAGGACAGUCAACGACAAUCGGGGACAGCGCAACAGCCGAGUCGCACCAGCACGAGGCAUCGAUUUACCGAAUAUCUCGAAAUCCUGCCAACAGACAGGUCAUCCCAAGAGCGCGGAACACCAGUGGCCGGGAAGAGGUGGUUCGUUUCUAUCCGAUAAGCCAUAAAACCCUGGAGAACCGACAGCAGAACUUAGCCUCGUUGAUCGACGAAUUGGGCACCAGCAGCGAUAUAUCGUCGACGAGAUUAACGCCUCAGAGUCCGAGCACCACGGUUACGUCAGUGGCGUCUCGAGAGAAGGCACCGACGAGGACAAACGCUACCAAUGCAUCUAGCAAGCCAGUCAGUCGGCAAAAGGUCAUAGGCGUCAGCGUGACAUCCACAGUGGAAGCCACGCCGUACAAGGUCAGGGUGGAGCACUACGAUGCCGGUGAUUCGACCGUUGUCACCCGAGCUCCAGGUUCUGCCAGCAGUUCCUUGAGAGAGUCGAAAGAACGGAGUACCACGGUGAGGCCUCUACCGACGAGAACGACCACCACCGCGAGAACGACGACUGUCACGACGAAGACGUCGACGGUGAUGUCACCCUCCUCCAGCUUCGUCACCGAGGAGCUCAGCAACAUCGUGUCCGAGUCGAACAGGAGCGAGUUCUCCGUCGACGAAGGUUCACCGAGCACCAGCUGGCGGGGCCAAGGUUCGGUAACUCCUGGACCAGCAACGAAGCACACGCCUACCUACGUCGAACAUCGAACGGAGGUCAACGUCUCCUCGCCUAACUCUCAGGAGGACAUGAUAACUCUUCCUACGGAGGAAAAUUACGAGCUGCCGGAAGAGAACGCGGAACCAAAGGAGUACAACGAGGAGCCAGAAGAACGUUUUCAGGCGCAAGGUCGGAAGGCCGGUAGACAUUACGAUACUUCGCAGUACAAUCGACCUGGCUCCAAAAUGUACUCCCAGUCGUCGAAGAACUACAAAUCGUCACGACCGUACGAACCAGCGAAGCUGUAUAACGAACCGGCGAAAGUGUACGGGGAACCAGAGAAAGUGUACGGAGAACCUGCCAAGGUGUACAGCGAGCCUGCCAAGGUUUACAGCGAGCCGGCGAAAGUGUACGGGGAACCAGCCAAGGUGUACAGCGAACCCGCGAAGGUCUACGGUGAACCUGAAAAGGUCUACUCGGAACCGUCCAAGGUCUACUCGGAACCGGCCAAGAUUUACUCCGAGCCGGCUAAGGUUUACUCGCAACCCGCCAAAGUGUACAGCGAGCCUAGCAAGAUUUACGAUUCCGAGGGGGAGCCGUUGAAUCGGCAGCACGCCGGGGAACCUGAACAGAAUUACGAAGUCGACGAGUCGGUCAGUGUGAGCAGCAAUGGGAACGUUCAUGGGCCUCAACUGAUCCUCACGGAGCCCUCGAACGCUUCCGAGGUCGAGGAUGGCCACAAAGUAGGCUACGUGGUCGAGGGCAGGAACUACAGGAAAUACAGGGUCGAGGAGAGGACUCCGGAUGGCUUCAUCGUCGGGGAAUACGGUGUGGUUAGCCACGAUGAUGGCUCGUUGAGAGGUGUACGGUACACCGCGGACGGGACUAUCAAUCCUCGACUGAUUUAUGACGCAUUGAUGAAGUUCCUUGCUCUAUGAGAGAACGAGGAUAAUUUUAGAAUGAAGUGCACGAAGUCGACCCAUCGCGUAGCUUUGCUCGAUGUUCGAACUUAACGACUGAUCUUUUCAAUUGCUCGCAAACCAACUGCCUCAGAAAUUAAUGUUAAUUUUGAUCGGAUAUCGCGUGGAUCUCUGUAGAUUUGUCGAACGUUCUUUCUCUCGGUGAAACCGAGAUGCACGAGUAGAAGAGAACGUAAUAUAUUUGCAAUGAUAAAAGUGAUGUAGAGUAACGUUAUCAUUGAGAAAAUAUCGGUAGAGAUUGUAUAGCUUUUAGAUCUGAUGGCCAUCGGUGACUAGUACCGUCAUUAUUCAAUUUAAUUUAAUCAAACGCAAGGAAUGAAAGACGACUUUGAGUACCGUUCAUAAAUUUAAUAGCGACAUUAACGUGGAUCAGUGACUAAUGAAACCAUCGUAUCCUUGAUAAUUUUUAUUGAAGUGCAACGGUACAUCUGGCUUCUACUGCAGAUUUGUGACUUUUAGCCGAUGACACAAGCUAUGAUCAUUGAAAUAAAAAUAGUCAAUGUGCAAGUUGCUAUAAAUAUUGAUGAUUUUUAAUUUCAUUGUUAAGAGUUAAUAAUAGAAAAUCUUUGAAAGAACACUAAGUGUCCUUUAGUGGAUACUUUUUGUUCAAUAUGUAGAAAUCUCAGAAUUUUACAAGCUGAAACUUUCAAUGUUACAAACUUAAUUCGAAGAUCACAAUUUCUACAUCUUUUAUUACGAAUUUAAAAAUUUGAACAAUUAAGAUUUUCACGCGGUCGUUGAUCAGCUGCUCUCUGAAUUCAAUGUCAAAUACGUAAGAAUAAGCACAAUAAUGCAUCUAAUAAGUAUCAAAGAUAAGCUGGUUGAGCUGGAUAAUGCCGAUAGCAAUCUUCGUCACCCAGUCGUUUCUGCGGCCUGGAAAAGGUCACGGUGAUCCUCACGCUGGUUUCGCGAUCCACUCUUUCAUCAGAGACGUUGAAAUUAUAAAGGAUACGAAGUUACACAGUAUUCAUGAACAACGAGAAAACUGGAAAAAUUAUACAACACGAGGGCACACUUUCAACUUUAUUCAAUUUUCAUUUUCAUGUGUAAGACAAAAAUUUUUUAUUCAAUACUUUCUUUCUUCAUUUUCUAAAAUUGUGUUUCUAAAAUUGGUGUCCUGUUAAUCAUUUUUAAGGGACUCUCUAAAAUUGUUAUUCUUUUGAUCAAUUUUUGUGGACUAUGUCUAAAAUUGCUGUUCUGUUAAUAACUUUUGAUGGACUCUGUCUAAAAUUGAUAUUCUUUUGAUCAAUUUUUGUGGACUAUGUCUAAAAUUGCUGUCUGUUAAUAACUUUUGAUGGACUCUGUCUAAAAUUGAUAUUCUUUCGAUCAAUUUUUGUGGACUAUGUCUAAAAUUGCUGUUCUGUUAAUAAUUUUUAAUGGACUCUGUCUAAAAUUGAUAUUUUUUUUAUCAAGUUUUGUGGACGAUGUCUAAAAUUGCUGUUCUGGUAAUAACUUUUAAUGGACUCUGUCUAAAAUUGAUAUUUUUUUGAUCAAUUUUUGUGGACUAUGUCUAAAAUUGCUGUUCUGUUAAUAACUUUUGAUGGACUCUGUCUAAAAUUGAUAUUCUUUUGAUCAAUUUUCAUGGACUAUGUCUACAAUUGUUGUUCUGUUAAAAACUUUCAAUAGACACUAUCUAAAAUUGUUAUUCUGUUGAACACAGUUAUUUGAGUACAAUUUUAAUAUUUCUCAAUGAGUCAUAACACUGUAUGAAUAAGCACAAUUUUGCCAUCAAUAUCAUUUAAAAAAAAUUUGACUAAUAAUGUUCAAAAUUUAAAAUGAAAUCAUAAUACAGUAUUACCUAUAAUGAAUUAAGAAAGUGUGACAACUGCGACUCGUGUUUACAAGAACCCAACCUAACCACAUUACAAGCUCCCAAAACGUGAGCUCACAAAAUGAAACGAAACAAAAAACAUUCCAUAAAAGUAGAUAUAACACGAUAGUUAUUAUAACAUAACCGUUUCUAAAACGCUAAAGUUAUAAUUUAAGAAUCGAAUUCGUCCAAAGCGACGCGACAAAGUCGACCAAAACGAAAAUGACUGAUUCCUUCGCUCUUGCCAACGCAGCUGCCUCAACGAUUAAUUUUAAGGACCUAACCAUGCGAUCUGGGAUCUAAGAAUCCGACGAUAAAGUAUAUAAUUCGCAAUUUGGACGUCGAAGCACGUAUUCAUCGUAUCGGGAGAUGUUCGCUGGACGAUUCGAAACGCGGGGAAUUCGAAAUGACAUUGUGAAACUUGACAAAUGAAAGUGCUCUGGGUGGCGAAAGUAUAUAUAAACUUUUGUGUGCUGCCCGAGAUGGCCUUUUGACUCGCGUCAGUGACUCCUGCAUCGAGGAACAUUUCUUUUACCUUCGUCUAGCGAUUCCUCGUGUGGAGAUCCUCGAUCGUGGCUCCUCGUAGUUGCGUAAUUUUUGUGAUCGUGUUAACCCUUUCGCUGCGAUGCGUAAGACUUCUCGAGCAACUGUAUUCUCACAGCUGUUGUAUUUCUGCAUCUAACUGUAGAUUGUGUCUUUUCCACAGAUUAACUUUAUCGAUAUUUUCUAUGAAGCUCAGAAUAAAAUUUAAUAAAACUACCUUUAAAUGUAAACUUACAUUUAAAUUGAAUGUAACAUAUAUUAUAAUGUGACAAACAUAAUGUCACAUAAAAUGUGGCAGAUAUUUUCACAGAAAAACCAGCCACAUUUUAAAAUAUAGGAUGCCAAGCUAGAUAAGUUGUUUUAGGUUAAGUUAGGGUUUUUAACACUUUAUCAAGAAAUUGUAGAAAAAAUUCAUAAUUAGAAGGAAGUUUUAUUUGAUGCCACACAGGGUUUGUCCAUAAACUCUCAGCAGAAUAUUCUAUAAAUUAAAAUCAUAAGAAUAUGUUGUAUAAAUGUCGGGUCUUAAAUUGAGAGAUAUACUUAAAACAAGAAAAUUGACCUACUAAUUGUGAAACACUCUGUAAAUAC